AUGUUUGAGUCCAGAGACAUCCACGGCCAGUACACAGACCUGCUCCGGCUCUUUGAGUAUGGCGGCUUCCCUCCUGAGGCCAACUACCUGUUCCUGGGAGACUACGUGGACCGGGGGAAGCAGUCCCUGGAGACCAUCUGCCUGCUGCUGGCCUACAAGAUCAAAUACCCAGAGAACUUCUUCCUCCUUAGGGGCAACCAUGAGUGCGCCUCCAUCAACCGCAUCUACGGCUUCUACGACGAGUGUAAGCGCCGGUUCAACAUUAAACUGUGGAAGACAUUCACAGACUGCUUUAACUGCCUGCCCAUCGCUGCCAUCAUCGAUGAGAAGAUCUUCUGUUGCCACGGAGGUCUGUCGCCUGAUCUGCAAUCCAUGGAGCAGAUCCGCCGCAUCAUGAGGCCCACAGAUGUACCAGACACAGGCCUGCUGUGUGACCUGCUGUGGUCCGACCCAGAUAAGGACGUGCAGGGCUGGGGAGAGAACGACCGCGGCGUCUCCUUCACCUUUGGGGCCGAUGUGGUCAGCAAGUUCCUCAACCGCCACGACCUGGACCUCAUCUGCAGAGCGCACCAGGUUGUGGAGGACGGAUACGAGUUCUUCGCCAAACGGCAGCUGGUCACGCUGUUCUCGGCGCCCAACUACUGCGGCGAGUUUGACAACGCGGGCGGCAUGAUGAGCGUGGACGAGUCGCUCAUGUGCUCCUUCCAGAUCUUAAAGCCGUCGGAGAAGAAGGCCAAGUACCAGUAUGGCGGGGUGAACGCUGGCCGGCCCGUGACCCCCCCGCGCACCGCCCAAGCCCCGAAGAAGAGGUGA